UGAGUUUUUCAACAUCGUUUUCGAUUUUAUCCUAUUUUGUUUUCCAGAUUUUUGAUUUUUAAUGGAUUUUAAUUUCUGGUUGCUUUUUUGCUACAAUUUGUGUUUUUCAAAAUAGGUUUAUGCAUAUUGAUGGAUUUAGAUGGUGUGCAACCUAAUUAUCCUUCUUCCUGUGUUACUCAUUCAGUUGGUGAUAUUUAUCGUACUCUAGAGGUUGUUGGAUCAUUUAGCCCUGGUGGUACCACUAAGGAAUGGAUUCCAAGUGUUCCCGAGGAGUUAAAACCCAGUUUGGGGAUGAUAUUUAAAGAUCCUGAAGAGGGUCUUAGUUUUUAUAAAGCAUAUGCAAAUGCCGCUGGGUUUACUUCUAGGAAAUCUACUACUAAAAGGAAGAAGAAUAACAAAGAUAUAAUUGCUUUUCAAUAUGGAGUUUGCAAUAAGGAAGGUUUUAGGGCAAUAAGAAAACCUAUUGCUCAACAAACAGUUUAUGAAGAAGGAAAAGUUCGUAUUACUAGGAAACGUUUAGUCACUCGUGUAGGAUGCAAUGCUCACAUAUGUAUGAGAUAUGAUGCUGGAAAGUAUGUUGUAACUCAUUUCAAAGAAGAACAUAAUCAUCCUUUAUAUACUCCAAGUUGUGCAAAAUUUCAGAAGGAUAAUAGAAAAAUGCUUAUUAUGCAUAAAAAGUAA